UUGAAGCGUCAGUGAGUCUUCAUUUAACGUCUCAGCCUGUUCUCUGCUCUAUAUUAAUAGGCAGCUGUGAAUGUGCAGAGCCCUUCACUCGUGCAGAAGAAGGGUCUCUUCAUGUGGUAGGGUCCGAAGAACACGAUGGAGGUGCUGGAUGUCCUAAACCUGGGCGAAAUUGCCCAGUAUUUCUCGAAGAUGGCGAUGUUUCCAGUCUUUGAUCUCGCUUAUUAUAUCGUGUCGAUACUCUACCUCAAAUAUGAACCAGGUGCUGUUGAGGUGUCCCGUAAAAGCCCUGUGGCCUCCUGGCUCUGCGCUAUGCUCUACUGUUUUGGAAGUUACAUUCUGGCAGACAUCAUCCUAGGUGUGUCUCCAAUCGACUAUUUCCAAAACAACAGUCACAUCCUCCUGGCCUCAGCUGUCUGGUACCUGAUCUUCUUCUGCCCUCUAAACCUGUUUUACAAAUGUGUGGCAUUUCUGCCUGUGAAACUCGUGCUAGUGGCAUUAAAGGAAGUCGUUCGAUGCCGUAAAAUUGCGGCUGGAGUCCAUCAUGCUCACCAUGCUUAUCAUCACGGGUGGCUGAUCAUGAUUAUCACUGGUUAUGUCAAGGGGUCAGGGGUCGCUCUCAUGGCCAAUUUCGAGCAGCUGUUGCGUGGAGUGUGGAAGCCAGACACCAAUGAAAUCCUCAACAUGUCAUUCCCUACCAAAGCCAGUCUGUAUGGAGCCUUUCUGUUCACACUACAGGAGGCUCAUGUGCUCCCUGCUUCAAAGAGCACACUCAUCUGCCUCUUUACUCUCUUCAUGGCCACAUCCAAGGUGUUUAUGACGGCCCGCCACUCUCACGGAUCACCCUUUGCCCUCAUCGAGUCCUGGGUGUGCCACCUGCUGUUCGGAUCUCCCCUCGGCGGUGAAGAGUCCCACGAUCACCACCACUCCGCACCCACGGCUGCCUCCGCAUCCCUCUCUCCUGCCAAAACCAAGGAGGACCUGAGCGAAGGAACGCGCAAGAGAAAGUCAAAGAAAGCCGAGUAGAGCAUCAGCAAUGACAGAAGUCAUGAACCUAAUCUGUGAUAUGACACAGGGGCUCAGCUCCGCCUGAGAAAAGAGGGAAUUUGAUGUUAAACCAAUGCAAGUAUCUUUUUGAAUGGUGCUUUUGAGAACAACCAUGCCACAUAUAGGGACUCUGUAUAUAGCUUCCCAAAAUGUGUUAUUUUAUUUAUUUGUCAUAAUGUUUUAUAUCAUCGAAGCCCCACUUGCCCAUCUGCCAAAGUACUGAUGCACAGUAUGAAUGGAACAGAUGGAUAAUGAAUGAAUGAGGUCAUAAGAAAUAAAUCUGUAUACUUUGAUUUCGGACUCCAUUAAAAGGUCUAUCCAAACAACUUAAGGAAACAAAAUAAUUUUCAUCCCUGAAUGCUUUUUACAUCCAAUGGAAUGGAAGAAAACAAAUAUAUUUUCAAAACAAAUUUAAAUAAAUAAUUUUUCAGCCAAAAGCA